UUAGAUAAAGUAAUCAAAAGAAGAAGUUGGAGAAACUAAAGUCAUGGCUGCAGUUUUUGAAAAUGAGUCAUUGGCAACUGAAGCUCGUUAUGCUCCGGUGACUUCCGAGAGAAAGGUCAGGAGUGACUUGGAAACCACUCUUCCAAAACCUUAUCUGCCAAGAGCAUUGACUGCUCCAGACACAUACCACCCAACUGGAACACCAGGACACAGGCACUACAAUCUGAGUGUUCUUCAGCAACAUGCUGCCUUUUUUGACCAAGAUGACAAUGGUAUCAUCUACCCUUGGGAAACUUAUGCUGGCCUGCGUGCUAUUGGGUUCAAUGUAAUUGCCUCCCUUGUCAUGGCCAUUAUUAUCAAUGGUGCACUCAGUUAUCCUACUCUGCCAGGGUGGUUCCCUUCUCCUUUCCUGCCUAUAUACAUUCAGAACAUCCACAAAGCCAAGCACGGUAGUGAUUCUGGAACAUAUGACACGGAAGGAAGGUAUGUGCCAGUAAAUCUGGAGAACACAUUUAGCAAAUAUGCUAUGACUGUGCCUGACAAGUUAACAUUUGGAGAGCUCUGGGACAUGACAGAGGGAAACCGGCUUGCAUUUGAUCCCUUUGGCUGGAUUGCAAGCAAGAUGGAGUGGGGAGUGUUGUAUGUUCUUGCCAGGGAUGAAGAGGGCUUUCUGUCUAAAGAAGCCGUCAGGCGUGCCUUCGAUGGAAGUUUGUUCGAGUAUUGUGCUAAGAUGAAUCUCGGUGGUGAGGCUAAGAUGGGCUGAAAUAUCCAAACUUUUUUGUGUAGAGAUGGUGUAGUGUGUCAAAGUAUGUGGCAGUGAAUAAUUGCAAGGAAGGUCUUUGUUUGAUCUUCCAAGGUUGGAGUCAGGACCAUUUUAGCUUUUUUAUUUUGCUUAUGUUCAAAUAGGUUGGUUAUUAGCUGCUUUUGUAAGUUUUAACUCUCUUUGACUAUCAUGAAGUUCAUGAUCAGCUAAAAGUUUAUAUGGUAAAUAAAUAUCUUUC